UAUCUUUAAUCCUCUCUCAACUCCCUUCCCAUGAUCCCUUCAGGGACAAUGAAGCCUCUCAGAGUAAAGCUUCCUCUGCCAAUCAUUAUCACCACAAUCUGUGUUCUUCUCUUCAUAGCAGUUUUGUAUGCUGAGAGACUAAGUUUCCCUAACUCAACCUCCAUUUUCAAGUUCAAAACAUGUUCUAGAAAGCACAGCAAAUCAAAGUCUAAUGAUAAAAAAAGUGAGGAAGUGUUUGCAAAUGCCUCAUGGACUGAUGAUAGGUUCGAUUUUGACCCAGAAGAGUGCAAUGUUGCAAAUGGAAAAUGGGUAUUUAACAGUUCAUUGAAGCCUUUGUACUCAGACUCAAGUUGUCCAUACAUAGAUAGACAAUUUUCAUGUGUCAAAAAUGGAAGGAAUGAUUCUGAUUACCUCCAUUGGGAGUGGCAGCCAGAAGAUUGCACCUUGCCCCCGUUUAAUCCAGAGCUAGCCCUCAAAAAGCUUCAAGGAAAGAGGCUAUUAUUUGUAGGGGAUUCACUACAAAGAAACCAGUGGGAAUCUUUUGUAUGUUUAGUGCAAGGUGUGAUACCUGAGAAGAAAAAGUCAAUGAAACGAGGGCGUGUGCAUUCUGUCUUCAAAGCCAAGGAAUAUAAUGCUACCAUAGAGUUCUAUUGGGCACCUUUUUUAGUGGAGUCCAACAGUGACAUUCAUAUCAUAGGAGACCCCAAGAAGAGAAUAAUAAAAGUGGAUGAAAUCACAGAGCGUGCCAAAAACUGGACAGGAGUGGAUAUCCUUGUUUUCAAUACAUAUGUAUGGUGGAUGAGUGGCCUUAGAGUAAAAGCACUAUGGGGUUCAUUUGCCAAUGGAGAAGAAGGGUAUGAAGAACUGGAUACACCAGUUGCUUACAAAUUUGGUUUGAGGACUUGGGCCAAUUGGGUUGACUCAACUAUUGAUCCAAACAAAACCAGGGUCUUCUUCACAACUAUGUCCCCUGCACACACAAAAAGUGCAGACUGGGGCCACAAGGAUGGUAUCAAAUGCUUCAAUGAGACAAAGCCAGUGAAGAAGAAGAACCACUGGGGAAGUGGGUCUAACAAAGAUAUGAUGAGUGUGGUGGCCAAAGUGGUGAAGAGAAUGAAAGUUCCUGUGAAUGUGAUCAACAUAACACAGAUCUCAGAGUACAGAAUUGAUGGUCAUUCUUCUGUUUACAGUGAAAUUGGAGGCAAAAUUUUGACUGAGGAGGAAAGGGUCAACGCACGAAAUGCAGAUUGCAUUCAUUGGUGUUUGCCAGGAGUUCCAGAUACUUGGAAUCAAAUAUUUUUGGCAAUGUUGUAACACCUUUUUUGGCAGUAUUGGUGUAACAAGAGACAUUUGCUUUUGUUUUUCCUGACAUGAAGAUGUCAAAUAUGUAAAGCCACUGUCCCAAUUCAUCCUUCAUUAGCAUUUCUAUCAUCUUUUGGUCUUUUCUUGACAUGAAGAUGUCAAUUAUAUAUAAGAAGCCAUGUAACCACAUUCCUCUUUCUUUAAUAAUGUGUUAAUGAAAGGAAGGGAAAGAUUGUAAUGUCUUAAUGAAUCAAAACAUUAUAAGUACUUAUAUAUAAACCAA